CACGCAUGCGUCCCAGAGCGGCGACACCAUUUUAGAGAAGGAAAGGAAAACUGGGACAGUUACUGGCAAUCAGUAAUAAUAUAUCAGCAGUUUAACUAAUAAUAGCUCAUGUGUGUGCUGAGAAACAGGGACAGAUAGAAGAUCCCCGCUGAUCCACAGAAGAACCGGGUUCCGACAUCAGCUCAGCGUCUGUUCUGGGUUUAUUGUUGUUAUUGUUGUGUGUGUGUGUGUUUUUGUGUUGUUUUUGUGUUCGGGAGAAACUGAAGCAGAUGGAUGGAGACGAGGAGAUCCGCUCAGAUGAUGGCAGCGCUACUCCAGUUCAGGACGAGCAGGACGAGGCGAGACCCGAAUCACGACAGUCUGAGGAUGACGGCAGUGAUAACGAGGACGCCGCUCACGACAGAAGGUCUGAGAACGCAGACAGCGGGUCGGAUCACGAGGCUCGUGGAGGAGGAGACGCGAGCGAUUCGGAGCCCGAGCCGCCGCGGCCCGCAGACAGCGAGGAGGAUGAGGAGGGCAGCUCUCCUGUGAAGCGAAGAGCGAGCACCUCGGACAUGGAUGAGGAGGACAAACCGCACCCAGCCAGUGACUCCGAGCCGGAGGAAACCGAGAAGAGACACAGCCCUAAAUCAGACGCGGGCAGCGAUUCGGACGAGGACAAACCCAAACUGAAAACUCUGAGAGACUCUGAUGCAGAAGAGGAGGAGGAGGAGAAACCGCACCCAGCCAGCGACUCCGAGCCGGAGGAAACCGAGAAGAGACACAGCCCUAAAUCAGACGCGGGCAGCGAUUCGGACGAGGACAAACCCAAACUGAAAACUCUGAGAGACUCUGAUGCAGAAGAGGAGGAGGAGGAGGAGGAGGAGGAGGAGGGAGGGAGGAAGCAGAAGGGAAAAUGGAAAGCUGUGAUGAACUCGGACAGUGAGGAUGAGGACGAGAGACCGAAACGGGAAACAGGAAGUGAUGAGGAUGAAGGGCCUAAACGACGGGCUCUGGCCAGUGAUGAUGAUGAUGAUGAAGAUGAGAAGCCUGUGAAGAGGAAGAAGUCUGUUCUGUCAGACAGUGAUGAAGAUGAGGAGAAAGAGGUGAAGAAAAGCAGGCUGGUGUCUGAUGAUGAAGACUCUGACAGCGAUGAAGGCUCUGGAGCUCCUGAUAAGAGUUUAGCUGCUAAACUGAAGGAGCUGGGCUCAGACAGCGAGGAUGAGGAGGACACGAUGAAGAGAGAUGCAGGGAAUAAGAAUGAGAAGGCUUUGUUCGGCAGCGACAGCGACUCCGGUGACGAUGAGGAAGAGAAAAUGAUCACAGACAUCUUCGGAGAGUCCGGCGAUGAGGAAGAGGAGGAGUUUACGGUAAUGAAGAGGAAGAAGUCUGUUCUGUCAGACAGUGAUGAAGAUGAGGAGAAAGAGGUGAAGAAGAGCAGGCUGGUGUCUGAUGAUGAAGACUCUGACAGCGAUGAAGGCUCUGGAGCUCCUGAUAAGAGUUUAGCUGCUAAACUGAAGGAGCUGGGCUCAGACAGCGAGGAUGAGGAGGACACGAUGAAGAGAGAUGCAGGGAAUAAGAAUGAGAAGGCUUUGUUCGGCAGCGACAGCGACUCCGGUGACGAUGAGGAAGAGAAAAUGAUCACAGACAUCUUCGGAGAGUCCGGCGAUGAGGAAGAGGAGGAGUUUACGGGCUUCAAUCAAGAGGAGCUGGAGGCCGAGCGGCCGCAGUCUCAGGCGCUGGGACACAAGGGACUGGAGAACGACUCUGAUUCAGAUGAAGAUGUGGACAGAGGAGGAAAAGACAUGUCCUUCAUGUCAGACUUUGAGCUCAUGUUGGCCCGUAAGAAAGCUCAGAGCGGCAAACGCAGACGCAAUCGAGACGGAGGGACGUUCAUCAGUGACGCCGAUGAUGUUGUGAGCGCCAUGAUCACCAAAAUGACAGAAGCUGCAGAGGAGGACCGGACUCUGAACAGUCAGAAGAAACCGGCUCUGAAGAAGCUCAUGCUGCUGCCCACAGUGGUGAUGCAUUUAAAGAAGCAGGAUCUGAAGGACACGUUCAUAGACAGCGGUGUGAUGCUGGCUAUAAAGGAAUGGAUCAGUCCUCUCCCAGAUAAGAGUCUCCCAGCACUCAAGAUACGAGAGGAGCUCCUCAAGAUCCUGCAGGAAGUGAGUCUGCAGCUUCUUAAAGAAUGUUUACAAAUAUAUUUUUGGAUUGUUUUUCGUUUUCAAGCCCUGGUUUUGUGUGUGUGUGCAGACGAGUGGUCACGGCCCAUCUUCGGUUUAUCGUCCAACUACAAGGGAAUGACGAGAGAAGAGAGAGAGCAGAGAGACCUGGACCAGCAGAUCGCCCCGCGCAGACGCCUCAGCUCCGGAGGACAGACUCCUCGCAGAGAUCUGGAGAAAGUGCUGACCGGAGAGGAGAAGGCGUUGCGGCCGGGUGACCCGGGUUUCUGUGCUCGAGCUCGUGUGCCCAUGCCCUCCAAUAAGGAUUACGUGGUUCGACCCAAGUGGAACGUGGAUGUGGACUCAAACAGAGCUCCGCUGAAGAAGGGUUUGACGCGAGUAGAUAAACAGAUGCGGCGUUUCGCAGAUAUCAAGCGCUUGACGAAGACGGGGCACGCGGUGAAGAUCAGCGUGGAGGGGAACCGCAUGCCGCUCUGAGAUCCAGUCUUUGAUUCUCCUGCAGUUCUGAGUCAGAUUCCCAUAAUGCCUUGUGUGUGUCUGUGCUGUAGCUGCGUCUGCUGUGUUCAGAGAGCUGCUCUGCCAAUGUUUUGCCCCUUGGUUCUGAUGUAUCUAUCUUUCAUAAUAAAGAGUUUCCAUGUCCGACAUUUUACUCCUGUUCUCCUGGCCUUUUGCUU